AUGAGUUUUGCUCUACCCUCCUCCAAAUUACCACUGGUAUACAGACAUCCAUACCAAGGAUUUGUGAAUGUCCUACCCUACAUUGAUGGGGACUUGGACACCAAAACUCAAAAUAUAGUAUUGAAUGUUCCCCUAUUCUAGGUUGAUCGCAUGAUUCAAUAAGAAAUGCAAAACAUGGACCCCCAAGACUACUUGCAUGAAUUGCCCAUGCCUUAAACCAAGAUAACGGACCUAUUGAAAUCAGAGAUGGAAAGAGUCUAGCUCCAAUAACCAAUGGCUAAAGUGGAUUUCGAAUAGAAGCCAAAUUUCAAUGAAGAGUUUUAAUCUACUCAUGAAAUCCAAGAGGCCAAUCAGUAAUUAAAUGUACUUAAUCAAUAUGCACAAAUUAAGUAAUUCAAAAUCAUCAUACUUUAAGCAUUAUAAAUUCUGAAUUGCUCAAUAAGUAUGGCAAAGAAUCAUGGGCGUUGUUGCUCAAAUCAUAAGAGAAUGAGAAGAGCAGGUUGUGUAAGGAGAUUGCCAAUCAAGAGCAAGAAUUGAAUCACAUCAAUGCUUAACGUAAAUACGAAUAGGUAACAUUGACCUCAUAUUAAGAAUGAAGUCAAAUAUAAGUUGGACAGCUUAAAAGCGAAGGUUCAGGAUGUCUUGACGAGCAAUGCUUAAUUGGAGGUUGUGUGUGGAGAAUUGGAACAGGAAAUAUAUGACAAGUAAAGAAAAUAAUUAAAAUUGAAUUGA